AUGGGCGAUUCAGAUUCUAAACAGGAAGGGAACUGGGGUUCCCGUCCUGAACCGGAAGAGAACCUGUUAAAGCAGGUUAGUUCUUCUGAUUUGAACAGAGAUGAUGAUUCAGUUGUUAUAGUUACCAAGCAUGUUGUUGAGACGGAAACUGUUGUGGAGACUAGUUUUGAGAAGUUGGAAUCUGAUUUAGGUGCUGAGAAGGAUGAAGAAAAUGGAGUUGAGAAUAUUAAUCAUGCAUCUAAUGUUGACGCGACUAAUUCUGUUAAUCUUGGAGUUGAUUCUGGUUCUUCAGAUGACGCUGAUGGCAGGGAGAAAAGAUUUGAAAAUAAAGACGGGGAGGGCUCCAGUGCAGAGAAUGUAGUAGUUUUGGGUAGUGAUCACAAACAAUUGAAUGGCACUGUUACUGAUAUGGAUAAAAAUGCAGGACAAACUGGGGAAGAAAGGGGGAAGGUGGGUGUUGAUGGAAAUACUGAAAUUGUGGGUGCUGAUAAUGAAAAAAUGGAGAAUGAAGAAAAAUUGGUGGGUCAGGAGCAUGGAUUUCGUGUAGGAGAUCUUGUUUGGGGUAAAAUUAGAAGUCAUCCGUGGUGGCCUGGACAAAUUCAUAAUCCAUUGGAUGCUUCAGAAUUUGCAGAGAAGCAUGGCCAUUCUGGUCAGGCUGGUCGUCUCUUGGUAGCCUUUUUUGGGGAUGGUUCUUGUGCUUGGUGCUUGCCAUCUCAGCUAAUACCUUUUGUGGAGAACUUUGAAGAGACAUCGAAGGACAGUAGUUCUAAGAGCUUUCUCAAUGCUGUUCAAAGGGCUGUUGAUGAGGUUGGUAGACUUGUGGAGUCAAAGAUGACAUGUAAAUGUAUUCCCAAGGAGCGUAAAGUUGGACUUUCUCGGCCACUGGUGGCAAAUGUUGGAAUUAAAGACGGAGUUCUCGUGCCAGAGGUUGAUAUUAGUAGGCUUUCAACUCCUACAUAUGAGCCUUCAGAAUUACUUGCAAGAGUGAGAAGCAUUGCAGUAGCUGUUUCUGUUGGCAGUAUGAUAGAGUUUGCAGUUUUGAAGAGUUGGCUUUCUGCCUUUAAUCGCUCAAAAGGUGGUGGGUGUUUGCCUGUAUAUUGUGAACCCCAAGAAAUUGAAGGUCUGGAAGACAAUAGUAAAAAUGUGAUUGAAAAUAAAAGUAACAAAGUGGAUGAUGAGGUCAUGAUUGAUUUUAGUGUUCCAAUUGAAGUCCCUAUUGGUCCACUUGAAGAUGAUUCCCCCGCUUCACCCACAGAAGGUACUGGGAAUUCUGCUGCUCCUUCAAACGGGAGGAAGCAGAAAAGUGUUGCUGAACUUAUGAAGGAAAACCCAGAAGUUAAACCCAAGAUUAAGAAGAGAACUACAGUCACAGAAGGAACAGAUUCCGGCAAGUCCAAAUCUGCCAAGAAGAGGAAGGGUAAUGACAUGGGCGUAGAGGAUGGUGACAAUGGUGGAGAUUCUUCAAUGCGGAAGAAGAUCGUUGGGAAGAGGAACGCUGCAAUUUCUGAAUCCUCUAAAAUCUCAGAGAAUAAGGUUUCAAAUGCUGCAAGUGACGAUGUAGGCAUGGAGAUGAAAAAUGAAGAUCCUUUGUUAAGCAGACCAAAGGAAAAUAAUGCUUUUGCUGAGGGAAAUGUCACUGGAGAAGCUGUAGAGGGAUCUGAAACUGUAUCUUCUCCUAGGGAAAGGAAGAAGAGCAAGUACCUAUCUCCUCCUUACACAAACCUAAAUUGGAGGGAAGGAAGCUCAAGCUUUAAGAAAGGAUCAGAAAUUGAAAUAGAGAAAAUUACCAAGAUAGCUCAGGUGGAAGAUGUACCUGUGGAGAAACUGCCUGACAAACAGCAGAAAGGACUUGACACAUAUAAUGUGAGCAAGGCAGGCGAGGAUACAGAGAAGACAGCAUUUACUUCUGCAGUGGAUGUUAGCGUUACUGAUAUGUUAUCUGAGAUUCAGUUUGCAGCUGUUGAUCAUGUUUACUUGACCAAGAAGAGUUACCUUAAUGAAGUCUCGAAAUUUACUUCUGCAUUCAGGAGUUCAAUCUAUUUACAGGGAUCGGACUACAAGAUUUUUCAUAAAUGCCAAUCAGGUCGGAAAAGAAAGUCACUGCACUCUCAGCCAGAUAAUCUAGGAAAUGAUCUUACCCAGAAAAAGGCCAGAUCUUCAGAGCCGAAAAGUGCCAAGGCCAGGAAAGAAAAGCAAGUAGUGAAGUCUGAUAUAACCAGGCCCAGAAAAGCUGAUGGGAUUUCUGGCUCAAAAACAAGUUCUGAUAAGGCCCAGAGAAAAACCUCAUUAACAUCCCUCAUUUUGACAUUUUCCUCUGGAUUCACUUUGCCAUCGAAGGAGGAUAUUGUUCAAUUGUUUGGUAGGUUUGGGAGUCUGAAUGAAACAGAAACUUGCUUGGUGCCAGAUUCUCAGAGUGUGAAGGUUGUCUACAUGAAUGAUCGUGAUGCAAAAGAAGCCUUCAGAUCCUCCAUAAACCAAAGUCCGUUCCCUGGCCAGAGUGUUAACUAUACGCUGCAGCAUUCUUCGGCUGGUUCAACGCUUCAUGGUUCUCAUACAAAAAUCUCGUCUCCCGUUAAGCGAACCUCCGAGAAGCCAGACUCAUCCCAGCAUGCAGAGGGCGAGUUGCCUGAUGUUGGCAUCAUCAGGGAGAAACUCGAGACGAUGGAAGCAAUGCUGGAAAACUGCAGUGACAAAAUUUCACCCGCGGACAAAUCCAGCUUGAAGGAUGAGCUUAAAUCCCUCUUGGAGAAAGUAGAAACAUCUGUGGAAAAGGUUAAAAGAGUGGUUGAGAAUGCAUCAUCGCACAAGGACAAGUUCUAA